CCACGUGUCGGCUCCAUGGCUGCGGGCGGCCUGAGUCAUUUUGCCGGUAUCGCCUGAGGAAGUGAGCGGCUGGGGAGCGCGGUGAGUCCGGGGCCAGGAAAAGGGCAGCAGCGGCGGUGGUGGCACAGUGAAUCCUCCAGUGUGCGGUGGACAGCGCGGCCGAGGCCCCUGGUCGUCCUUCCUUUACCCCCGAUGAGGCGGUUCCGUUCCCGCGGUGGAAGUGGUCAGCGCGACCCAGGUUCCGCCAGCAGGUAACGGCAACGGCGUCGGUACGGCUGCUGGCGGAUAGAAUCCCACCGGGCAACUCUGCAUGUGGCACAAACUCGGGUACAGAGGUGGCAUUGGAUGGGUGCCGUACCGGCGAAUAGGACGGAAAGAGGGAGCCAGCCGUCCCCGGUGUGGGAGCAUAGACCGGCCAGCAGCAAGCAGCCCGGCGCUCCUCUAUCGGCAUGGCAACCGAAGACGAUGACCCAGUUGUACAAGAGAUCGAUGUGCACCUGGCCAAGAGUCUGGCCGAGAAGCUCUACCUGUUCCAGUACCCGGUGCGCCCAGCAACAAUGAAGUAUGAUGACGUCACCCACUUGUCCGCGAGGAUAAAGCCUAAACAACAGAAGGUGGAAGUGGAAAUGGCAAUCGACACAAUGAGUCCCAACUACUGUCGGAGCAAGGGGGAGCAGAUAGCGUUGAACGUGGAUGGUGCCAGCACCGAUGACUCUGGGAGUACUUAUACAACCAAACUCAUGGACAAACAAGUCUUCUCUUCGAUCCAGUCGGUCGUCAACACCUCCCGCUACGCUGCUGCAGUCUACAGGAAAGGUGAGUUACACGUCACCCCGUUACACGGAAUGCUUCAGAUGAGACCCAGUUUUUCCUACCUGGACAAAGCGGAUGCAAAGCAUCGGGAAAGGGAGGCAGCAAAUGAAGCUGGUGACUCUUCCCAGGAUGAAGCUGAAGAUGAUGUGAAGCAGAUCACGGUGCGUUUCUCGCGUCCCGAGACUGAGCAGGCUCGCCAGCGUCGGAUUCAGUCCUACGAGUUCCUGCAGAAGAAACAGGCGGAGGAGCCCUGGCAUUACCUGCACUACUGUGGUGUGAAGGACAGCAGGUCUGAGCACGAGCGGCAGUACCUCUUCAGUCAGCUGGCCAGCAUGGUGGAGACGACUGAACUGACCAAAUCCCCCAGCGAGUAUUUGUCCAUGUUGAUGCCGCCAGUUGAAGAAGAAGAAUUGAAGGUACCGCUAGCCCCCAGCAACGUACUCUCUAUGGUUCAGCUGCGGACCCUGCCCCUGGCAGACCAGGUCAGGACCCUGAUGAAGAACGUGAAGGUGGUGCAGUUUGCGAACCUGAUGGGUCUCCUGGGCUCGGGCGUCGAUUCCACUGCCGUUCUGCGUUGUAUUCAGCAGGUGGCCAUGCUGGUUCAGGGAUGCUGGGUGGUUAAGAGUGACGUGCUGUACCCCAAGGACUCCUGCAGUCCCCACAGUGGAGUUGCUGCGGAAGUUCUGUGCAGAGGAAGGGACUUUAUUAUGUGGAAGUUUACGCAGGACCUCUGGGUCAUCCGGAAAGAAGUAGCUGCUGUGAUCAAGCUCCCUCCUGAAGAUGUGAAGGAUUUCCUGGAGCAAAUGUCUGUUCCCCGUGUCAACAAAGGCUGGGAGUUCCUGCUUCCCCACGACGCCAAGUUUGUGAAGAAGCAUCCGGACGUGGCCCAGAGGCAGCACAUGCUUUGGAUGGGAAUUCAGGCCAAGUUAGAGAAAGUCUACAACCUCUCCAAGGAAGACAUGAUGCCAAAGAAACACGACUCUCAACCAGCUGUGCCUGUGGUGCUGAGCGGGGAGCGGCGGGUGGCCACAGCCAAAGAGCGUCUUCGGGAGAACCAUGCCACCCUGGACAGCAACUAUAGGCGGCGGAAGUCCCCCCAUGGAGUGGACACGCAGAACCCCGACAGCUCCUUGCUUCCUGUCAGGAUCAAGGAGGAGCCGCUAAGUGAGGAGGAACCCAUGGACACGCUGCCGUGGUCGGGCAGCAUGGUGACCAACGGCAUCCACACAGACGAGAGCUCCCGUGACUCAGCGGAUGAACAUGCGGGCGGACAGAGCAAGCAGGUGUCGGUGGAGCUGAGGGACUUUGUGUACAGCAUGCUCAGGAAACACUACGUGCUCAGUUUAAGUGAACUGAAGCGGCUGUUUAACCUGCACUUGGCCAGUCUGCCCCCGGGCCACAUCUUAUUCAGUGGCAUCUCGGACCGAAUGUUACAGGAGACCGUUCUGGACUGUGGCUGCAAGCAGAUCUUGGUGCCUUUCCCUCCACAGACAACCGCUUCAGCUGACGAACAGAAGGUCUUUGCACUUUGGGAGGCUGGGGACUCCUUCGACCAGUAUCGGCAGAUACUUCUCGAAAUCUUUUCGAAGAAUUACCGUGUGCGUCGGAACGUCAUCCAGACCAAACUCUGCCAGGAUUUUGGAGACAAUCUCAGUAAACACGACGUGGACAGAGUGCUGAAGGACUGCUGUGCAAGCCACGGUGGGAUGUGGUAUCUGAAAGGGACCCUGCCUUCCUGACAGCUGCACAGUGCCCCACUGGGCAUUAAAACAAUGGCGAAUGAAGUUAACAAGCGAUGGUGGUGGGUUAACGCCUGUGUGCCACUAUUGGUUGACGUGGACACUUGAUUGUAAUGGUGGGCAGAACCGAUGGAACAACGAAAGCGAAUAAAGAUUCGGUUCACCUUCACAACUCAGUGUUAACAGACUCGGACCUAUUGACUCUCACCCUCUGUUCAAACUGUAGUUUUGUGUAGAACAACCUCGGGGAAAGCAAAUAGAGAUUCCGUUCACCUUCACAAGUCAGUGUUAGCAGACUUGGACCUACUCUCACCCUGUAUUCAAACUACAGUUUUGUAUAGAAGGAAAAUGGAUCUAUCUGUGAGGAAUCAUGAAAUAUCAUUUAAAGUCUUUGCAGUCAUCUUUAAUCUCCAUACAUUGUGGAUAAGGUCUAGAUCAGUAACACAUCACCUAGUCAAAAGGCUAGGAUUCUAGUUCAUUCAAUAGAAAUUCAUAGUCUAAUGAUUUUCCACUGUUGAGAGCUGUUGGCCUGUGAUCUUGAACAAUCUAAGUGACCAAAAGUUCACCCAAUCUGUUGAAAGUCUAAUUUUACGAUUUUAAUACUGAUGAGUUGUAACCAAAUCCACAUUGUUCUUUGAUAGAUUUUCCCCCCAUGUAACGAUUGAAUUUUUUAGAUUGCAUCUUAACGUGAAGUUGUCAAUUCACGAAAGAGGGAACAUGGGCAGUGGGUAUGGCUGCUGCAAAUCGUCUUGAGCUGAACUGUAAAUAAAACAUUGAAACAUUGA